AUGGUUAUCGAGAGUUUUAGCUGGAGUGAAGAAGUGGAGUCGGCCGACCCCAUGAUAAUGGAAGAACAACGGGAGACUAGGAGAGACUCCGUCAACUCCAUCGAGCCCGAGGUAAAGACUCCACAAACACCGAAGACUAAAUCCUCGGUGGACGAGGAAGACGGAGCUUUAAAGGACUUGCUCCGGGUCGAUGAACAAUAUUAUCCCUUAUUGGCCUUGUUGGAACAAUUUUCCCCUGAAGACGACGGCAUCCAAUUCAACAUAAAGUUGAAACAGUUUGAGACUACAAUGUCAUCCAUGUGUCCGGACGACUCGCGUGUGCAACAAGCAUUCGCGACGUUCCGCGCGGCGGCCCUGCGGUGCCCGGUGAUGGCGCGUAAGCUGGCCGCAGUGGGUGUUUCGUUCACUCGCCAGCAGAACAAGCCACUGCUUCGUAAAACCCUCCUUAAUGUCGUCAUGCAGGACACUUUCUCCAAAAUGGACGUGCUACAGCGCUCAAACCCGCUGUUCCUCGUCAACGCUGCGAAUCUGAUGGGGGAUUACUUCGCCAACGCUCGCCUCAGUAACGGCGACAAGCUUCACUUUCUAGCUGAGCCACUACUGCAAUACUUGCGUGCUUUACUCGCCGCCCAUGAUACACGUGCACAUCACAGUCUCGCUGCACAAUUAAUGCAAAACGGUCGCGAGCUACUCUCCGUAGUAGCUCGAGAGAUGGACGAGCUCUCGGUCUCGAUCCGUCUCCGUCUGCUCUCGCCCCCACCAGUCAGCACAACGUGGCUACUACUCUCCGCAGACCUUUGCCUCAACAAGUUUCUUCCCCUACCGACUACGCUGCAACAGUUUUACACCGCUCAUCUGGUAACAACCACGGAAGAAAAUGUCAGUGAAGCCAGCUAUAGAUGUUGGAAGAAAAGCCCCGAGAAGAACGAGAAUAAACCAGAUGCUGCGGCGCUUGCAGAAGAAGUCAGUCAAAGUAUAUCUCAGAUUAGUCUGCGUAAUAAUGAGGACACGAAGCCUAAGAAAGAACCAAUCUCAGUUAGCCAAGAUACAUGGACAGGUGAUGAUACCUUAAGGAAAAGAUACGACCUUAACUCUUGGCGGCAAACAGAAGAGACGAGAAUAAAGGCUAAUGACUGCCAACAAGGGGGGGAUAUCUUCCAAAGUCACCCCGAAAGAAAUGUGUCUCAGGCCCCAGAAAAGCCAAAAUUAGGCGUUGGAGCUAGGUUAUUGAGACUUAGAGCCCUCUCAAAGGAAUCAAUCUCAGUCAGCGAAGACACAUGGUCAGGACCCGACUCCCGCCCGCCGCACAUAAGUAUGAGAUCACGAAAGGGGAGGAUUAAUGGAAAGAAAGACGGAACAACAGCCAAGGCGACCCCAAGACGCCAUGUCGCCGAAGUACCGCGCAGCGCCAAAUACUGGGGCCACGACGACCGAUGCGUCAAACAUUAUAGUUAGUAGGAAUGUCUUGUAUGUAUGUAUGUAAAUAAUUAUUAAUUUAGGGAAUUGUACAAAUGAAAUUGUUACU